AUGGAGGCGUCACCGCUGACUCGCCAGCCUCAGCCCGAGGUUUUCGUUCCCAAGAUCAUCGAGCUCUACUCGGCCCUGUUCAAGGAUGACGACGGCGACAAGUCCGAGGGCUUCUGGAGGGAGUUCUUCCUGUUGCGACCCGAUCGGCCGACGCUCAGGAGGAUCCUCAACGACAUCCACCCGGCCGACCUGCUGCUCCUCGAGGGCCGGACAAGAGAGCUGUUUAGCCAGGCGAUUGCGACGGUCAAGAAUGGCAAGGGCUUGGCCCCGCUGAACGCUCUUGAUACCCUGAGCGUCUUCCUCUCCUGCGUGCUGACGAAGAAGCACUCGCACCCGAGCUCCGACAUCAUCACCAUCCUGGCCGGCCUCGACCAUGUCGAUACGGUGUUUACAGACUUUGUGAGCACGCUCGAUGGCAUCAUUCGCAAUGGGACAGAUUGUGUAAGAACCGACGCAGUGGAUCUACGCCACAAGGCGAUCGAGGUGCUGCUGGCCGUCUCGGCGGGCGCCUAUCAGACGACGCUCCUCACGUACAUGAUUCAGAGGGAUCUCUUUCCAUCCAUUAUGAAGUUUAUCCAAAGCACGGAUCAGCCUGAGCAGGGCUUGGAGCCGUUCACCCUGUUGGGAAUCCUUGCCAACUACAACAAGUUUGAGUUUCAGAACCCAUAUCAGCUGCGCCUGAACGACUUUGUCAACGAGGCCGUCAUUCAAAAGGUUGUGCGCUGCAUUGGCGGCGUAUGCCAGGCAUUGCGGUCCGACUACAUUGACAUACAAGAUGACCUUCCCGAGGGCUGGACGUUGAGCAGCACGCUGAACAUGAUUGGGCUCGGGGCCAUUACGCCGGGGCCGAAGCCGGAGAAGAAGCCGGUGUAUGACGCUGCAACAGCAAAGCAACUAUUCACCAAGCUGCCCGGCCAGAAUGCCGCCGUGUUGCUGGCAACAUAUGACUUCUCCCACGCAAACAAACUGUUUUGCUUCCAUCUCGUGACCCUGCCCGGCGAAAAGGGCAAAGAGCGUCCGAUGGCGAGCUACCUGUCGCUCACGUCGUACCUCCUACAGCACUCACACCUGUCGUCCCGGGCGACAUAUUAUGCGCAUCUGAACCUGAUGGUGUUACGUCUGCUGAUUGAGGACCCCGCCAUCUGCAAGAAGAUUUGCAGCGACGAGUCCAAGACCUCUGUGCGGCUAUGUCGACAACGGCAGCCCUUCCUGCCGCUGGUCAAGGGGGAGCGCGUGCUCGCGGCGAGCGUCCUCGACACGAUGCUGGACGGCAUCAAUCACAAUCUGAAGCGGCGGCUGGACGUCAGUCUCUACGUCCUCUGCCUGGGCAUCAUGCUUCGGAUCAUUUCGUAUCUAUCGCGUUCCCGGACGCGGCUAACGUAUCACUGGUCCGAGUUCUUUCGGUCUCUGCUCUCGCUCAUACGGUUCCUAAACACAUAUGCUUCGGACUUGAAAGACCUGCAGCACAUCGAAACGGUACUCGAUCACGUCGUCAACCUGGUAGCGCUGUCUCUGUCGGCGGGCGAGGCGUUUCUGCCCACGCCGGCCGCCUACGACGACCUCUUUUACAAAGUCUUUGAAUCGGGCGAGGUGCUCGCCUCCUUCAAGGACAACUACCGGCUGGGCAACCGCAACAGCAACUCCAUCGACACGCUCAUCAGCGUCAGCGCGCACUACAAGCAGAUGCUGACGGCGAGGGGCAGCUCGGAGAAGAAGCUGCCGGCGAACCUGACGACGCAGCAGGUGGCCGAGGUGAUCAAGCAGGGCUACGAGACGCUGAGCAUCCAGGCGCGCGAGGGGCUGGACGGGUGGGAGCGGUACCGCGAGGCGGACGACAAGAUCUUGCUCAAGAAGCUGGCCAGGACGGCGGUGGGGGAUGUCAUGGGCAUGGUGGAGAGGCAAAAUUACUGA